UGCUUCCUGUCUCACUAGCGGAUAGCCCCUCCCCCGCUACCCUAUUCAGCCCAACAAACCCACCCAUCCCAUAUCAUACAACCACGAGAAUUCCCCGAGCCCUCACUACGACCACAUAUCCGUUGCAUCCAAACAAGCCCGGCUAUGUCUGCGAAGGUUCCCCGGAACUUCCGUUUGCUCGAAGAGUUGGAGAAGGGCGAGAAGGGUCUCGGAGCUGAUGGCUGCUCUUACGGUCUUACCGACGGCGAGGAUGUGAUGAUGUCGAACUGGAGCGCUGCGAUCUUGGGUCCUCCUCACAGUGUCCAUGAGAACCGCAUCUACAACCUCCAGAUCCACUGCAGCGCUAGCUAUCCCGACGAGCCGCCGAUCGUUAAGUUCACCUCCAAGAUCAACCUUCCCAGCGUCAACCAGCAGAAUGGACGAGUCGACCUCUCCAAGCUUGCCCGCGUCGCUCAGUGGAACAGAGACUACACCAUGGAGAAGAUCUUGGUCGCUCUUAGGGAGUAUUGUCUCACCUAUUUCCCUCUUUUUGGCGUGUAGUGGAAUGCUGACACAGAAACACAGGCACAUGGCGCAUCCCACCUGCAGGAAGCUCCCCCAACCCCCGGAGGGAACUGAGUUUUAGAAUGUCAUGGUCGGAGCCGUGGAUGGGUAAACGGUUACAAUCACACUUGAACGAAUCACACAUGAGAUGCUCUUGGAUUAAUCCAUGACUUUUCGUGUUCUCAAAACUCACUUCUUCUUUUGUCAGCGAUGUGAUUUAUUUGUUGCACUUCGGGAUACAAUAAAGCGGGUCAUGGCGACGGAUUUACAAUGUGCUUCAUAUUCGCGGUCACGUAUCAUCACUCGAUGACAUGCGCAAAUAUCACAUUGAUUCUCAGG